AUGAAGUUCUACUUACAAUUGCUUCUAGCAGUUUUGUUCUUAUUAAACUUUAGCGAGUGCUUGAUUUUUGUCAAAACUUUACACGAUGAGAAAUAUCCUGGACAAUGUUAUCCUGUUCAUGUGCGCAUUGGAGCAAAGAAGAAAUACGAUUUGAUUGCUUUAAAACCGGGUGAAGAGGCGAAUGAUCCAAAUACCUGUGGCACCACUGUCUGUAUGAACUCGAUGGGUUUGGCUUAUGUUUACUACUGUCCCCGUACACUACCUAGUAGUGCAUGUGAUGAUGAUAAGGCCUUAAAUACCAUGGUUAAGUUUCCAGAAUGUUGCUGGAACUGUUCUAAGAGCAAGGACUGUAAAGAAAAAUAAUCCUUUGCCGAAUAUUUGCUUUCAUCAAAUAAUCAAAACGAUUCAACAUAUUCAAAAUAAAGAGUGCAUAUUUAUCAUGAAUUUAUCACUUAAUCUGUUUAAAUAAAAAAUGUGAAAUUAAA